GCCUCUAGGAAGCGGAAGUGCAGGGGCAGCUGGCAACUGGGUUAUUGCUUUGAGAAACCGGCUUGUGAGGAGCGGCGGGAAAGGCGCGUGUCGGCUUCUCACUGGCGCAGCCUCCCCGGCGAUCACCGCUGCCCCGCCCUGCUCAGGCGUCGUUGCAGGCACCAGAGUGGAUGAAGCGCAGCCCAGGCAUGUGCAGCCGGGGGGCUGCGAACGCUGCGGGUGCCGCGGCUGCGCGGCGGGUGACAGGUCUCUGUUACAACAUGGGACUCCUGAUUGUACUGGCCUUACUGUGCCUGUUUUCUUUAGCAGAAGCCAAUUCAAAAGCCAUUACCACCUCUCUUACCACAAAGUGGUUUUCUGCUCCACUGCUGCUGGAAGCCAGUGAGUUCUUAGCAGAAGACAGUCAAGAGAAAUUUUGGAGUUUUGUAGAAGCCAGUCAAAACAUUGGAUCAUCAGAUCAGCACGAUACUGAUCAUUCCUAUUAUGAUGCCAUAUUGGAAGCUGCAUUUCAGUUCCUGUCACCUCUGCAGCAGAAUUUGUUGAAGUUUUGUCUCUCUCUCCGUUCCUACUCAGCCUCAAUUCAAGCCUUCCAGCAGAUAGCAGUUGAUGAGCCUCCACCAGAAGGAUGCAAGUCGUUUCUCUCAGUGCAUGGAAAGCAGACUUGUGAUCUAGACAGUCUCGAGAGCCUUCUGCUGACUGCACCUGACAGACCUAAACCUUUAUUGUUCAAAGGAGAUCACAGAUAUCCUUCAUCAAAUCCGGAAAGUCCAGUGGUAAUUUUUUAUUCUGAGAUUGGCCAUGAAGAAUUUUCUAAUAUUCACCACCAACUUAUAUCAAAAAGCAAUGAAGGCAAAAUUAAUUAUGUAUUCCGACAUUAUAUAUCUAAUCCCAGGAAGGAACCGGUUCACCUUUCUGGCUAUGGUGUGGAACUGGCGAUUAAGAGCACAGAGUACAAGGCCAAGGAUGAUACUCAGGUGAAAGGAACUGAGGUAAAUACCACAGUCAUUGGGGAGAAUGAUCCUAUUGAUGAAGUUCAGGGGUUCCUUUUUGGAAAAUUAAGAGAACUGUACCCCACCUUGGAAGGACAGCUGAAAGAGUUUCGGAAGCAUCUUGUGGAGAGCACCAAUGAAAUGGCGCCUUUGAAAGUCUGGCAGCUGCAAGAUCUCAGUUUCCAGACUGCUGCCCGAAUCCUGGCUGCUCCUUUGGAGUUAGCUCUGGUGGUGAUGAAGGACAUUAGUCAGAACUUUCCUACCAAAGCCAGAGCAAUAACGAAAACAGCUGUGAGCGCACAGCUUAGAGCAGAAGUGGAAGAGAACCAGAAGUAUUUCAAGGGAACUAUAGGAUUGCAGCCUGGAGACUCAGCUCUCUUCAUCAAUGGACUUCAUAUUGAUUUAGACACCCAGGAUAUAUUCAGUCUAUUUGAUACAUUGAGGAAUGAAGCCCGCGUAAUGGAGGGUCUACACAGUCUAGGAAUAGAAGGCCUUUCUCUACAUAAUAUUUUGAAGCUGAACAUCCAGCCAUCUGAGACUGACUACGCAGUAGACAUCAGGAGUCCUGCUAUUUCAUGGGUCAACAACCUAGAAGUUGAUAGCCGAUAUAACUCCUGGCCUUCAAGUUUACAAGAGUUACUUCGCCCCACGUUUCCUGGCGUUAUACGGCAGAUCAGAAAGAACCUCCAUAACAUGGUUUUCAUUGUUGAUCCUGUCCAUGAGAACACAGCUGAGUUGAUCAGCAUAGCUGAGAUGUUCCUCAGCAAUCACAUACCACUAAGGAUUGGUUUUAUCUUUGUGGUCAAUGAUUCUGAAGAUGUUGAUGGAAUGCAAGAUGCUGGUGUCGCUGUUCUGAGAGCGUAUAAUUAUGUUGUUCAAGAAGUGGAUGGCUAUCAUGCCUUCCAGACUCUCACAAAUAUCUAUAACAAGGUGAGGACUGGAGAAAAGGUGAAAGUUGAGCACGUGGUCAGUGUCUUGGAGAAGAAGUAUCCAUAUGUUGAAGUGAAUAGCAUUCUGGGGAUUGAUUCUGCUUACGAUCAGAAUCGGAAGGAAGCGAGAGGCUACUAUGAGCAGACUGGAGUAGGCCCCCUGCCUGUCGUCUUGUUCAAUGGAAUGCCCUUUGAAAAGGAACAGUUAGACCCUGACGAGCUAGAAACCAUCACAAUGCACAAGAUCUUGGAGACGACCACCUUCUUCCAAAGAGCUGUGUACUUGGGUGAACUGUCACAUGAUCAAGAUGUGGUAGAGUACAUCAUGAAUCAGCCGAAUGUCGUUCCAAGAAUCAACUCCAGGAUUUUGACAGCUAAGCGAGAGUACCUGGAUCUUACAGCAAGCAAUAAUUUUUAUGUGGAUGACUUUGCCAGAUUUUCUACCUUGGACUCUCGGGGCAAGACUGCUGCUGUUGCCAACAGUAUGAACUAUUUGACAAAAAAAGGAAUGUCCUCCAAGGAAAUCUAUGAUGAUUCCUUUAUUAGGCCAGUGACUUUUUGGAUUGUUGGAGAUUUUGAUAGCCCUUCUGGGCGGCAGUUACUAUAUGAUGCCAUUAAACAUCAGAAAACCAGUAACAAUGUUAGGAUAAGUAUGAUCAAUAAUCCCAGCCAAGAGGUCAGUGAGUCGAGCACCCCCGUCUUCAGAGCCAUCUGGGCAGCUCUCCAAACACAGACCUCUAACUCUGCUAAGAACUUCAUCACCAAAAUGGCCAAAGAGGAGACGGCAGAGGCCCUGGCCACAGGGGUGGACAUCGGGGAAUUCUCUGUUGGGGGCAUGGAUGUCAGUCUUUUUAAAGAGGUCUUUGAGUCUUCCAGAAUGGAUUUCAUUUUGUCUCAUGCCCUGUACUGCAGGGAUGUUCUGAAGCUGAAGAAGGGACAGCGAGUGGUGAUCAGCAACGGAAGGAUCAUUGGGCCUCUGGAGGAGAAUGAGCUCUUCAACCAAGAUGAUUUCCACCUCCUGGAAAAUAUCAUCCUGAAAACAUCUGGACAGAAAAUAAAGUCUCACAUCCAACAGCUUCGUGUAGAAGAAGACGUGGCCAGCGAUCUGGUAAUGAAGGUGGAUGCUCUCUUGUCGGCGCAACCCAAAGGAGAGGCGAGGAUCGAGUACCAGUUCUUUGAAGAUAAACACAGCGCAAUUAAACUGAAGCCCAAAGAAGGAGAGACAUACUAUGAUGUGGUAGCGGUUGUCGACCCUGUCACCAGGGAAGCACAGAGGCUUGCCCCCUUGCUCUUGGUUUUGACUCAGCUGAUAAACAUGAAUCUAAGAGUAUUUAUGAAUUGCCAAUCCAAGCUCUCCGACAUGCCUUUAAAAAGCUUUUACCGUUACGUCUUAGAGCCAGAGAUUUCUUUCGCUGCAGACAACAGCUUUGCCAAGGGACCAAUAGCAAAGUUUCUGGAUAUGCCACAGUCUCCGCUGUUUACUCUGAAUUUGAACACACCUGAGAGUUGGAUGGUAGAAUCUGUCCGAACACCUUAUGAUCUUGAUAAUAUUUAUCUAGAAGAGGUGGACAGUAUAGUGGCUGCUGAGUAUGAGUUGGAAUACCUGUUACUAGAAGGUCAUUGUUACGACAUCACCACAGGCCAGCCCCCUCGAGGACUGCAGUUCACUUUGGGAACUUCAGCCAACCCAACGAUUGUGGAUACAAUUGUGAUGGCCAAUCUGGGAUAUUUUCAGCUCAAAGCCAAUCCGGGAGCCUGGAUCCUGAGACUGAGAAAGGGGCGCUCUGAUGACAUCUAUAGAAUCUACAGCCAUGACGGUACAGAUUCCCCUCCUGAUGCAAAUGAUGUUGUCGUCAUUCUCAAUAAUUUCAAGAGCAAGAUCAUCAAAGUGAAGGUUCAGAAGAAGGCAGACAUGGCUAAUGAAGACUUGCUGAGUGAUGGGACAAAUGAGAAUGAGUCCGGAUUCUGGGACUCAUUCAAGUGGGGCUUCUCAGGACAGAAGACUGAGGAAGUGAAGCAAGAUAAAGAUGACAUAAUCAAUAUUUUCUCUGUUGCAUCUGGUCAUCUCUAUGAACGGUUUCUUCGCAUCAUGAUGCUAUCAGUCCUGAAGAAUACCAAAACUCCUGUGAAAUUCUGGUUCUUGAAGAAUUAUUUGUCCCCCACAUUUAAGGAGUUCAUACCUUACAUGGCCAAAAAAUACAAUUUCCAAUAUGAGCUUGUUCAGUAUAAAUGGCCUCGGUGGCUUCACCAACAGACAGAAAAGCAGCGAAUCAUCUGGGGCUACAAGAUCCUCUUCCUGGACGUGCUUUUCCCACUGGUUGUUGACAAAUUUCUCUUUGUGGAUGCUGAUCAGAUUGUACGGACAGAUCUGAAGGAGUUAAGAGAUUUCAAUUUGGAUGGUGCGCCUUAUGGUUACACACCCUUCUGCGACAGCAGGAGAGAGAUGGAUGGCUACCGCUUCUGGAAGUCAGGGUACUGGGCCAGUCAUUUGGCUGGACGAAAGUAUCAUAUCAGUGCGCUGUAUGUCGUGGAUCUGAAGAAGUUUAGGAAAAUAGCUGCUGGUGACAGACUCAGGGGUCAGUACCAAGGUCUGAGUCAGGAUCCCAACAGUCUUUCAAAUCUUGAUCAAGAUUUGCCCAAUAACAUGAUCCAUCAGGUGCCAAUCAAAUCGCUCCCUCAGGAAUGGCUUUGGUGUGAAACGUGGUGUGACGAUGCCUCUAAGAAGCGGGCAAAGACCAUCGACCUGUGUAAUAAUCCCAUGACUAAGGAGCCCAAACUGGAGGCUGCUGUGCGGAUUGUCCCUGAGUGGCAGGACUACGACCAGGAGAUCAAGCAGCUACAGACCCUCUUCCAAGAGGAGAAAGAGCUGGGGACACUGCGUGAAGAGGAGACACAGGAAGGAUCUCAGAAGCAUGAAGAAUUAUGAUCUCUGGAGGAAGCUGGGAAACCCACCAUUUGACAGUUUUGUACUAAAUGCUGUUUUUUCUGAUCUGUCAAUACGACUGCUGAUGAACUGAUUGGGCAGGUGUACCACACCUAUUGAUCUGAGCAUUUGAUUUAGACUACUGCACCCUAGCGGGUGCUAGAUCCUUGGGGCUAAAGGCUCUGUUGGAUUUGUACCUCAGAGGAAGACUGAUCUUCUGGGACUCUCUUCUCACCAGAAGGAGAAAUGCUGGCAGCAACUGAAAGAAGCCAAGUCCUUUGGUGCCCACAUCCCAGAGCACACAUUGCUGUGCUGGCCCAGAAGCUGGGCAGAAAGGUCACCAUGUUCUUCCUUACCUCAAUUUACCUGCAGCCCUGGCUGCAGUGCAGAUGCCCACCCUGUACCACGUCAGGCUGGCAGAUGCUUCAUCCAUGCCUCAAGGUCUACGCCAACAUGCUUCUCACACUCGUUCUCCCCACCCCCCUCCUAAGCACUAGGCUCAUUGGUGACUUGAGCCCAACCAAUAAUCAUGUGUCUUCAGGGUUGGCUCAGUGCAGUUGCUAAGCAACUCAGUCUUCAGGAGAACCGGGGUGGUGUGGAUAAGGCUGGAAAAAUGACAGGUAGCAGAAAGUUUUGGGGUGUUCAAGGGAAGACAAAAACAUUGGCCAUUCUCUUCAGUCCACUGUGGCUGAACUCAAAGGAAGCUUUAUUCUGUUCCCAGUGAACUUUCUAGGUAAUUGUUUUGUAAACAAUUUUUAUAUUUAUGAAAAUGUGUGCUUUUUCUUUUUACUUUCUAAAAAGCUGUUGGUUAUCAGUUUCCUGGCUGGGCACAGGCGUCCUGAGUCCCUGGUGACUGCUCUUAGCGUGCUCAGCCUCCAUCUGGAUGGUCAUCAAACCGUCUGCCCUUUCCCUUGUGGAGUUUUCUCUCAGACCCGGGAGACUGUCUUUGGAUGCUUCUUCCCCUAAACGCUCUCAGACCUUUGACCGGGAAUGACUGUCUCUGGAACUGUUUCCUAUGCUCUGUCUUUCCCUCAUGCUUUGGCCCUGAGGGUCCCCUUUGGCUUUCAAGACUUGCCAAGGUCCAGUCCAAUUCUAAGAUACCUGCUGCUGUCUGAAACAGCACCCUUUAUUGCUUUGUGUGUUUUCACAGCCGCAGCCCAGCGUCACCUCAGGAGCAGCCUGGGCUGAGGAGCCUUCAACUCGAUGCGUUGUUAGCCUGACUGGACAGGUGUGGGUGUGUGGUGUCAUCUCUGCCCAGGGCUCAGGGAUCUACAGCAGAGAGUUCGUGUUGCUGGGCACUGGCCUGCCUUCCAGCUCACAGGGGCUGAUCUUAAAAAUAAGAAGGGAGCUGGGGUGUGGCUCAGUAGCAGACAGAGUGCUUGUCUAGCAAGCCCAAGGCCUUGCCUUCUGUCUGACACUGUGCCCCUCCCCCACACCCCCACCACCAAAAAAACCUGAAUAUUAGGAAUGAGUACCUGUGGGUAACUAAAUCCUUGCCUAUCUAAGAUAGGUAAUCUGUGUGUUACCAAGGAAGAACGACUCGACUACAGGAGCCACGGUUGGGGAUUUGAGUGGGAAGUUGUUAAGUAAUAAACAGAGACAAAAAAAUCAAUUGGAAACUUAGAGAACCAGCAUAAGCCCCUUAACUCAGUUGGCUGGAGCUCCCUGCCAAGAGUCCUGGGCAGAGCGCAAGUGUCCCCUCAAGUAAGCCUUCCAAGUCAAAGAACAAAGAGCAACACUAAAAAUAACAUCAUCAGAUUUGGUGCUCACGACAUCCCCAGAAACCAGCUGGGGAAGCUGACGGGUCAGCUGGAGUUUUCUCUGGGCUGGACUUGCAGUGACCCUCUCCCACUGCAGGCGCUUUGGUAGUGAGGACAGACUGUAGCUGAGCCCUCUGGCCUUGGAAAGGUGUGUGGGAACAAAUUACUUCCCAGCUGUUUCCAAGGAUGUUGUAUUUUGACUCUUGGACUAUCAAAGUGUUUUGUCAUUUGUCAUAAAAUGGAGGAGGGGACACACAUCCCCAGACAAAGGGCCGUGGAGGAUACUUUGAGAUAAAACAUGUUCCAUAGCUAGCUUCUUAGCUCAACUAGCACAUGGCAUUUAUUGAUACAAUGUAUAGUACAACAUGAAUUUUAAAAAUAAAAACUUUACCACACAUAUAUCAAGUAAUUUUUUCCCCAUUUUCAAAUCCAAAAGUUAGAUUAAGAGCUUGCCUUUGUUCAGGCUUCAUGUCCACACUGGAUUAAGCUUUCAGGGCUGCUGCACCCAACUGUAAGCAGAAACCCAGUCUUCCCGGUGGUCUGGGAGCCUGGAGUGUUGAGCAGGGAGUAGUCAGUGCUCUUAAUGCUGGCCCCUGUGGCCAGUUUCUUCUUUUACCGAGUCACGUGCAUCCUCUGUGGAAAGGAAGGUGCAGGUCUCCUGUGGUCCUUUAGCCCCUUGUGUGUCACCACCCUGGUAUAAGUCAUAUUCAGAGUUGAUGCUGGGACCCAGCCUCCUAAAGCUGUCCGGGCCCCUCCUCUGCCAGUUCCUUCCAUGCUUCCUGUGGAUUAAUCAGCUCUACAAAUUAAGCAGCUGCCAUAAAUGGGUGCUGCCUUCAAGUGCCCCCGGAAGGAUGUCCCUGUUAGAUUCACCUGGCAUCUCCACCACAGAAAAGCAUACUGUGACUGAAAAGAGGGAUGAAUUAUUCUCCAAGAAGCAGGAAGUAACUGAUCACUCAGAUUACUCAGGCUUCUGGAAAGUUCACUGUUAUUCUUGGCCUGUGUAUAAAUGGUUCUUUGACCUCUUGUCAUAUAGGAAUAGAGUGUUUCCUUUCUGAAUCACUAGGGCAGUGUGACCUGUGGCAUGUCAGAAUCACAUGUGCCAGUGUGAGCUGGCUGUUGUGUUCUGUGAACAGCAUGUGACUGGCACCUAGAGCUGUCAGGGCACAGCUCUCCAGAGUCCUGGGUUUAGUCAGAAGUGUACUGGAUGCACCCAUGUUGAGAGUGGUGAUGUGUUGGUUUCAUAAGAUAAAUGCCAUUGUUACCCUGGCAGAAGCUGCAUUUCUGAUUGAAUGUGGUCAUCUCAGGGCGUGCAUGCACCGUCCUGGGCCCGUCUGGUCAGAAACAUUCUUCAUGGCAGGUAUGUUACCUGGUUUUAGUCUGAGUCGCUGAAGGAUGAACUGAGAGCCCAGUGAUAAAGAAGGAAGAAAAAAACCAGGAAGCAAGUUUGACUGGCAUAGUUUAGGACUGGUCGGACAUGGUCACCAGCAUGAAGUCAACUCCUCAUGCCCCUAUUCAUGACUAAACUGCCUUCAAAAAUUACCCUUCUUAGUUAGACCUGCAUGAUUCAAAGAAAUGAUGUACCCGAGGCAUUGGGAAGGCUCUCCGUGCACUUUUUUGGGGAGACUUCAUGGAGGGCUGUCUAGAGGGACGUGCUGGCAGCACAGAGCAUGGCUUCAGGGCUCUGUCUUAGCGAGUUGUUGGUUCCUUGGCUUUAUGUGAUCUUGUGUGAUGACCAGUCAGUCAGACAGCUCACCAUGUUCUUGUUUAGUAAGUAGGGCAGCUGUUUUCUGUUGACAUUCGUGACACCCUCUCCCCCCCCCCCCCCCCCCACCCCGUUUUCUCUGCCUUAAGGUAAUGAGGACUUCUCAAAUGCUGGAUUGAACUUAAGCACAUUAAACAUUGUCACUCAGGAAGUUACUAACAUUGCCAAGUGUCUGGAAGGGUUCUCAUCCCUCAUUCAUUGCUGGUGUUUUGUGUCUCCACAUAAUAACAGAAAGCUCUUCUGUGUCAUAGCAGCGGCGAGUUGGCCGGUCACACAGAGACUCUCCUCGUGGAGUCAUUGCAUGCUGACGGUCAAUAGCAGCAGAUGACCGUCAGCGCCAAGUGUCAGCAUGCCACAGGGAAGUCCAUCAGGUCAGGGAUAGAAAGCAGGAGGCCUCUCCUGAGUCUCCUGGGUCCUUAGCAAUGUGGAAGGUCUGUGACCGACCGUAUGAGCAGGGCUUGGAGCCAUGGUCUUUUCCAGCCUGUGCUUUCUGCAGCGCCUUACUUGACCUUGUUGAGUUCAAAUGGGUACCAUUCCCUUAGCCAGAUGCAAACUGCACUAACCUAAGGAUGGCACUUUGGAACAAGAGACUACCAAACACUCUGUUUUCCUACCGGAAAAGGGAAAGUGGUGACAGAGCUUAAGGGUUUUAAAGAAACUGUGUCCUACGUCCAUUCAAACCAACACUUCACUUGGCAACGUUGGUUAUCGUUUAUGGAUGUCUUAGUCCAACGUGGGUUUCAUCAUGAGAGUAAGCUCUGUCCAACACAAUAAAAUUCCUCCUCUCUUGUU